AGCCGCAGAGCAAGACGGGAUGAUAGAACUAUAUAGGAGGGAGGUGCCUCCUCUAACGCUAUUAGGUUAGCACUCUUUGUUGAUAUAAGACGCUCCCCCUCUUGCGUCCCAUCUCGAAACCUCACUCGGAGCGGGAUUUCCGGGAUGAAACAAUCACAACAAGAAAGUUCAAGGGUUGGAGGAAAAGACGGAAGGGAUAUUAGAAUCUGGAGCACAGCAUAUCGUAUUUGCGGGACGACGGGCGACGGGGGGAUACGGCAAAUCACGCGGCAGCGUCAACGCGCUACCGGGUGACGACGACAAAUCUUCUAAGAGAUACUGGAUAACACGUCGGGGCACAUCACGAAGGCGGCACGAGUUUGGGGAUCUCCAGCUAUCCGUCUAUAUCGCCUUACGGACCAUCAUAUCCAAUAUGGCACCUUCCUCCGCCCCCUCGCAACCGCCGGCCGUCCCCAACGAACACAAAACCGAGCUCCGCACCCUCUCCAGACUUGUACACCGCUUGUACCACCGCAAUAAGAACCAGCACCGGCGCAGCCUAUGGUGGAGGCAUUUCGAUUCAUUUCGCAGGGAGCUGAGGCGCGUGGUGGAGGAGAUUGCGGUGCGCGAGGUGACGUUCAAGCGGGGUGUAGAUAUGAAGAAGCGGAGGCGGUCGGAGGUCGAGAGGAAGAAGGCGUAUCAGGCGAGGUGGGAAACAUGGAGGGAUAGGAAGGUUGGGAGAUGGUUCACUGCAUUUUCCCAGUUGCUGGCUUCGCUACGGUUUCCGUCCUUUGGUCUGGUCCUGAUCGCAUGUCUCGCUCGAAUAUGCUCUUUGCUGGGAAUCACCGGUGCCAUCGAGGCGAUAGCGGCGCAGAAAACGGCGGAGGCGGCAAAGGCGUGGGCCACGAAGGAUGUACAACAAAUCUCUGCGCUUGCUGAUGCGGGACAAGUGGGCGGUGACACGGAUCUGGGUAUGGUCGUCGCGAGGGAAAUGGAGACUGUUGAAGCUACUAGUGUGGUUGUGGAGAAGAGCACGAGCAAGAGAACGUACGACGAGCAUACCGAGGGGGUGUCGGCAACUGCAACGGCAACGACUGCAACGGCAGCGACAACGGUAGAGAAGGAAGUCAUCGGGAGGAAGAAGACGAAACGGAAGAAGCGAGGUGCCAUUGACGACUUAUUCAGCGGUCUAUGAAUAACACCCAUCCUGCAUACGAAACACAACCGAAUCAGGCGACAAUCGAUUGGGUGCUAUCUGGUUGCUCGGAGCGCUAUCUUCUGGUACACC